AUGGGGAAUUGUUUCAAAAAAGAGAAACCUGUUAAGACUGACACAACUCCAAGGAAAAGAAGUAGAAGAAUGACACCUAUGCUAGAUACAAUAAUCCACAAAAGCUCAAUCCACCCCAGCAUUAUUACAAUGAAUGUCAAAGAUUUCUGAAAGAUUCAUGAAAUUAUUGGAAAAGGGCAUUUCGGUGCUGUUUAUAGGGGAACACCUGUGGACAAUUUAUACAAAAACUAUGCAAUAAAAUCGAUCCCUAAAAAAAUGUUCAGAAAAGAUAAUAGAAUACGAUACCUAAAAGGGGAGCUUGAGACUUUACAAAUGUUAGACCACCCUAAUAUCAUUAAACUUUACCAAAGCUAUGAGGAUUCUAGUUCAUUAUACUUAGCCCUUCCUUUUAAAAAAUUAUAUUAAUUUUAUAUGCCUUUCAAUAAAAAAAUUGCUAUUAUUUUUUGUAAAAAAAAGAUAGUAACAGAAUAUUGCUCAGGAGGCAAACUUUUAGACAAAAUAAUAACCCGCCGGGUAUUUUCAGAAAAAGAAGCUGCAUCUAUUAUUUUAAAAAUUUUAAAGACAAUUUUUUAUCUCCACGCAAAUAACAUAUCUCACAGGGACAUAAAGCCGGAUAAUUUCCUAUUUGAGAAUAAUAGUGAAAAAGCUGAACUGAAACUGAUUGACUUCGGACUGUCUAAAAUUUGCGGAUCUGAAGCUAGGAUUAGUUCUGUGGUUGGAACACCACAAUAUGUUGCACCUGAAGUGCUAGAAGGAAAUUAUGACAGUAAAUGCGAUUUAUGAAGCUUAGGUGCAAUAAUGUAUCUUAUGCUGACAGGCAAAAUGGCAAUGGACGUCAGAAGUCCUGCUGAGGCAUUCGUCGCAUUGAAAACUAAAGAAGUCAGAACACAAGGGCCUGAUAUUGACAUGAUCAGUGCGUCUGGAAAAGAUCUGCUUUGAAAGUUGUUGAAAAAAAAUCCUAGGGAAAGAAUUGAUGCAAGGGAUGCCCUUGAGCACAAGUGGUUUACAGAGCAGAAAGAGAAAAAAUCAAUUGGCAUUGACCCAGAAAUAUUUCAUUGUUUGAAAAAGUAUAAGUACACUAGUUUAUUAAAAAAAGAUGCAAUGGAUAUCAUUGUGAAAGAUUUGACUUAUGCAGAAAUCUGCGAUUUAACUCGUUCCUCCGUUAUGAACAAAAAAAAUCUUGUUCGCUUACGGAGGGAUUAAUUUUUUAAAAAAAAAAAUAUAUUUAUACAUUUUAUAGAAUUUUUUUUCGAAAUUUAAAAAAAAUCCCAUUUCGCAAAAAUUUGAAAGUAAAUAUUAAUUAAAUUUGUAAAAUUUAUGUUUUAAAAAACAAUUUGUUUAAAAUUAAACAGAAUUACCUCGACAUUUCAUUAUAGUAAUUAUCACACUUAUAUAUCAAAAUUUUUUCUAUUAAAAAAAUUUUUGUUCGCUCACGGAGGGCAGGUUUUUUUGGGCAAAAAAAUAGGGAUUUUUCCAAUGAUUUUGUUCGCUCACGAAGGGGGAAUAAGAAAAGCUUUUGUGCAGAUUGAUAAAUCAAAUCUGGGAGUAAUAAAUAUUGAUGACCUAUCCACAGCUGCAAAAAAGGCAAAAUAUAAGCUUAAAGAUAACGAUAUCAUGAGCAUAUUUGCCAAUGUAGGCUCAGAAACUAAUUUAACUAUCAAAUAUUCAGAAUUUUUGGCAGCCACUUUAAGCUAUAAGAAUGUAAUUUUAAGUUUAAGUUUAACGAAUUACUCUCGCAUAUCACCAUCAGUCUUCUUUUACUUGAGGGUCCAAGCUACAUUAAUAGCUCUGAGCAACAAUAUGUGGACAGGCCUAACCGUCGAACCGUUAAAAUUUUAUAAACCCAUUAAGACUUCUCUAGUCAUUGCUAGCCUCAGCACUGACCUCUUCUCUUUAAGCCGAGACUCUCAAGAAGCUUGACUUCUCUCACUAAGCUCGGUGGUAGAACUAUUACCUAGUUAACAGGAGUUAGGACCUAUCCCUAACUAAUAUUUUUAAUAUUGUGAAGAAUGCAAUAAACGAGAAGCUGCUUCGGGAAACUUUUAGUGCUUUUGAUAUCAAUGAAUGUGGAUUUAUCAAUGAAGCAAAUUUUAUUGAAGCUUUAAAGAGGAGAGGCAAUAAUGUAGACCCAGAAAAAGUAAAAUCCAUGAUAAAAGAUCUUGGGAAAACAAAUCCUGGGUUUAUCACUUUUGAAGAAUUUAAAGCAGAAAUCGUUGACAAAGAUGAGUAA